UGCGACCGCAUGUUUUUCGAUGCUCCACUUCGAGCGCUACGCCGAGCGCAGUGCUCCCGGCCCACCUCCGGCGGAGCUCGGCGAAUCAUCGUGACUCAAUUUAAAUACCUGCCAAUUAUUGCGAAAUGCUGACUUGGCGGACGAUACUAACUGCAUAAACGGCCGAGAAGACGUUAUUAGCAGUGCGAAAGUAUCGAACAGAUUAUGCCGAGCAAGAACGAUCCCUUCGGCGAGGACACGUCGCUCCUCUAUCCGAAGCAUCACGGAUUACCGGAGAAUUUCGAGGCGCCGAUUAUAAGAGGAGUAGCGAACCAGUUGAGGAAAUGGCCGACGGACCUGUUCUACGCGUUUCUGGCUGUCUGCCUAGUUAUUGGGAGCCUGGUUCUGUUGGUGUUCGUCACGGUGAUCGUUUGCCUGCCCACCGUCGUCGGUAACAGGUGUCGAGUGGAGGACGAUCGAAUCAUCGAGACUAACGCAUCCUCGAACGUUUAUUUCUUCAAACUGGAAAACCGGAAUUGGUCCACCAGGGAAUUCUGUUACAUUGAAACAGCAGCCCGCAGGAAUCCCGAUUUGAACGUUUAUUUGAUAGCCUUGCUGAGAGAGGAACCUGUUGAGGCACGUCCAAACGAUGCAAAGGGGAAUAAAUUACAUUCGGAAUCGAAAACAAACGGAUUUCUCGUAGAUAACCGCUAUUCUUCGAAGGGGAAUCCAGAAGAUCGACUCAGGGAACGACUGACGAUCAAGAAUGAUAAUAUCAAAAAUAUCGACUUGUCGGUAGAAAAAUUCUUCAGAAGUUCAAAGUUAUCGCGAAUCGCGAGGGGUUUGAAGGACGACAUCCUGGAAAUGGCUGCGAAGGCGCAGCUGCUCUGGAGUGUACCGGGAAUCGCGCUGAAACCGAGCAUGUACUGCGCUUUGGACACCGUGAAACGGUUCCUUUGCAACCGGAACGAGGAUCGUUGCCUGCCGGAUAAGCUCGCGACGAUCGAGCCGGAGAACGAUAUUCAAGCGACGGGUGUGCCGUGUCAGGCGUUCAUGGGAUUUCUCGUGCAGGAAAUAUCGAGAAGCGACUUCCAUGGGAACUACACUCUGAGGGAGGCCAUACGGAAAUACUGCUCGAGAUUGUAUUACUGCCCGGAAAUUCGAAUUCUAGACGCAAACUCGCAAUGCUCGUCUAAUUUUUUGGACUGUCCGACGGUUUACUCGAGCAUUCUAACGCAAGAUGAGACAGACUCGAACAAUUUCAUAAGCUGACGACUCGUUUUAUUAAAACCUCUGUAU